GCAAAGAUGGGCAAGUACAGCUACGACGCCGACUCGGCCACGGAGUCCAGCAAGGCCUGCGGGUCGUCCCUCCGGGCCCACUUCAAGCACUGCCGCGAGGUGUGCGACAACAUCAAGGGCAUGAAGCUGGCCAAGGCGAAGGCGUUCCUCGAGGACGUGCUCCAGUUCAAGCAGGCCGUGGCCUUCACCAAGUUCACGGGCGGCUGCGGGCGCCACGCCCAGGGCAAGCUCCAGAAGGCGGCGGGCGACAAGGUGCGCUGGCCCCAGAAGGCGACGAAGAUCGUCCUCGACCUGCUCAAGAACGCCGAGGCGAACGCGGAGAUGAAGGGCCUCGACGUCGACGACCUCGUCGUCAAGCACAGCCAGGCGAACCGCGCCCAGAAGCAGCGCCGCCGCACCUACCGCGCCCACGGCCGCAUCAACCCCUACAUGGCGAGCCCCGCGCACAUCGAGAUCGUGCUCACCAAGUACCAGGAGCCCGUCAAGAAGGGCGAGGAGGACGCCGAGAAGCCCGUGCAGAAGCUCACGCGCAAGCGCCAGGCCCAGCUCCGCAUCAAGGCCGGCGGCGGCACGGCGUAGGGCCGCGCGGGUCUCCCGGGGGGCGGCCGGCCGCCCGCGGUCCGCCCCCGCCGUCGCUGCCCAUCGGCGCGCGCGGGGCCCGCCCCGCUAACGCCACCUCUACCGU